UAUAGCGAUAGAAGUUAUAUUUCUUCAUAAGUUGUGGUCAAUUUCAUAUAUAUUAUUUAGCAUGGACAAAGUAUCCGAUUUAGAGGAUGCUCUCCCUGAUGCUGGACUGCCAAGUAUUCACGUGGAAGUGAUCCAAAGUAUUUGCAGUACGGUUCGUGUAGCUGUGAUAAAGACCCACGUUGUCAAGUUACUUCACCGUCAGAGAGUAGCCUAUGGAAACCUAACAUUGACAGAGUUUGAUGAUCCAUUUCUGACAGAACAUGUUGCGUCCGUCGCGAUCUGUGAUACUGAUCUUAAUAAAACAGACGCAGCGGCGAUUGACUUAUGUAGUGCUAACCUGCUGCUCCAUGUGUGUCACUUGAAUGAAGACGGUCCAGCCAGUGAGGAGCUGGAUGACGAGGAUCUUUCAGCAGCAUCACAUUGGUUACUACCGUGUCGAGAGUUUGAGGGACUCUGGGAUAGUUUGAUCUUUGAUAGCGAAAUAAAAAAUGAGCUGCUGCAAUAUGUCUCAACAACAUUACUAUUCUCAGACAAAAAAGUGGAUAGUAAUAUCAUCUCUUGGAACAGAGUCGUGCUUCUUCAUGGCCCACCUGGUACUGGCAAGACCUCAUUAUGCAAAGCUCUUGCCCAGAAGUUGUGUAUACGACUGUCCGACAGAUAUAGUUACGGCCAGCUUAUAGAGAUCAACAGUCAUAGCUUAUUUUCUAAGUGGUUUUCAGAGAGUGGUAAACUUGUGAUGAAGAUGUUCACGAAAAUACAAGAAUUAAUAGAUGAUCCAGAUGCUCUUGUGGUAGUUCUUAUAGAUGAGGUGGAGAGUUUAGCAGCAGCCAGGAAGUCUGUGUCAUCUGGUGCAGAGCCGUCCGAUGCGAUCCGCGUUGUUAAUGCCCUCCUCACACAACUCGAUCAAAUCAAAAGGAAUUCGAAUGUGAUUAUCUUGACAACGUCCAAUAUUACCGGUGCAAUAGAUCUUGCCUUCGUUGACCGAGCUGACAUCAAGCAGUAUAUUGGGUACCCCUCGUCUGCUGCCAUCUUCAAGAUCUAUCAGUCCUGCAUCAAUGAGCUGAUGAGGGCUGGUAUCAUCACUCCAGCACAGCAACUAUUAGACCUCCGAGCCCUUGAAGUCAUGCGCUAUGUGGAAAAUGAUGCCACAAGACUUAGUCUCAAGCUCAGGGAAGUAGCUAUGCACAGCGAAGGCCUCAGUGGAAGAACUCUCCGGAAACUUCCAUUCAUUGCGCAGGCUGUUUACAUUCAGAAGCCCACUGUCUCCAUGGAUGUGUUCCUAGAUGCCCUGAAGCUAACAGCUCAUAGACAGUUCCAAGAAAGAGAUGAUUUGGCGAAGGACUGAUACUGUCCAUGGUCCAGCAAGGCACCUCGUAUGUCACUGGACGGAAUGAUUGUGUGUGAUACAUGGCAUUUCAAGGGGAGGUGAGAACACUGUGGGUGCUGAUGUGAUUGGGACAGACAAGAAGAAAACAUCAUUGAAUGUGCUAUUGGUUAGAUUGGUGUGCAUGUUCUGUGUGUUGAGGGAGUUAUUUUACUGUAACGCUCACCUGUACUUAUGAAAUUUUCAAA